AUGGAUGCCCUGGUUACAGGUGCUGCCUUUGGCGCAGCAUUGACGGCUUCCGGCGUCUACCAACCCUCAGUCAUUGUCUCACAGUUGACUUUCGAGAACUGGCAUAUGAUACAAGCCUUCCUUACUGCCACAGCUGCCAGCGCAGUCCUUGUCACCGCGCUCCAGAACACUGGCUACCUCCAAGCUAAACCCCGAGGCUACUCGUCAGUAGGCCUCUUUUCGGCCUACGAUGGCAACAUCAUCGGUGGACUCACUCUCGGUGCCGGCAUGGCGCUGGCCGGAUCGUGUCCUGGGACCGUCUUCCCGCAGAUCGCCCUCGGCAUUCGCUCUGGCUACUAUGCGGUAGGAGGCGCACUUGCCGGAGGCAUCGCCUGGGUCACUUUCCUUCGGCCCAUGAUCGCUAAGCGGCCGAAGCCUCAGAGCCAGCUGAAGACGGGUGUUUAUGAAGCACUGGGCAUCAGUCACGCCGCUACUCUUGCGAUAUUCGAGACUGCCUUCGCCUCCGUCGUUGCUGGCACCGUGCUUUAUACCUCUACCGGCCCAGAGGCGAGAAUCUCCCCUGUGGUCGGUGGUCUGCUCAUCGGUGCCGCCCAACUGUUGUCAUUGUUGCUACGGAAGACCCUCAUCGGCGUGUCGACGUGUUUCGAGGUGGUCGGUGAUUGGGUGACAUGGGGUUUUAGCAGCAAGGGUGCACGCCCUGGAGUUAGUUCUCUGGUGUUCUCUGCUGGCAUGGUUGCCGGCUCAUGGGCAUUAGGGCAUUGGUAUCCCGAGCUUAUUAGCCCUGUCUCUCUCAUCGUGCCCCCGGCCCAGGCUUUUGCUGGCGGUGUCCUGAUGGCGGUUGGUGCGAGAGCCGCGGGCGGCUGCACGUCUGGACAUGGCAUCAGCGGCAUCUCUCUCCUGUCUGUGUCAAGUCUCAUCACUAUCGGCGCGGCGUUUGGCUUCGGUGCCGUUAUAUCCAAGUUUCUGUAUUGA